UUCCCAUGAGAACACAAUUCAUGUAGAGACGCCAUCUUGCAUUUUAGCGAAACUUUGAAAGAGAAAAAACUUCAAUAUUUGUUAUAUACCUUGAAUUUGUGGCGUAAUCACUUAGCCAGGAGAUGACUACUGCUGCUAGGCCUACGUGGGACACGGCAAGAGGUGGUCGAGGGAAGGGAGAGGGAGACUUGUCUGCUUUGUCAAAACAGUACUCCAGUCGUGAUCUUCCAUCUCACACUAAACUCAAACAUCGACAAACUGGGCAAGAUACCAUCGAUGAGGUCCGCAGCCGUGAUCUCCGCAAAGACCUUGAAGACAAGGAGCAUCUGGCUCAAAGAGAACGUGCUAAGGAGAAGAGCGGACGCGGAGGGACAGCAGAACAAGCAAAAAGGGCUAGAUUAGAACAUGCACCAAAUCUUGAUGCUGAUGACCCUGUUGAUGAUGAUGAUGAUGACAACUCAGAUGAAAGUGACGACGAAGACGACACAGCUGAACUUUUAGCUGAAUUGCAGAGAAUAAAAAAAGAAAGGGCACAAGAAGAAAUGAAAAAGGAAAAGCAACGAAAAGAGGAGGAAGAAAGAGUUCGGAUGGAAAAUAUCAUGUCUGGGAAUCCUUUAUUAAACCCUCAAAGCAACUAUAGCGUAAAAAGACGGUGGGAUGAUGAUGUUGUUUUCAAGAAUUGUGCAAAAGGGGAGGAUACAAAGGGUCAACAUUUUAUWAAUGAUAUGCUGAGGUCAGACUUCCACAAGAAAUUCAUGGAGAAAUAUGUCAAGUAAACUACAAAUGACUGUACAUGGGCACAAGGACAAAUCUCUAGCAAUAAUCAAGUGGUUGAAUAAAAGARACUAUUGAAAGUAUUUAUUAGUGACACAACUAAAAAAAAAGCUCUACUUGUCUUCCUAAAAUGAAGCACAGUAGCUUUCUGAGUAGAAAGAAAGACUAAAGUUGCGGUGUUUGUAUGACCCAGUAUUAAGCCAAGAGGACUUASUUUUAGCUUAGUAUUUUGAAUAUCAUCGGCAAACUCUGAAAAAGGAAAUCACCUCCUUUUGACCCAUAUGUCAUCUACAUCUUUAAGUUCUGCUUUUUUUUCAUAAUUCUUCUGUUUUCAUAUACAACAUAGAUACAAAUAAUCAAUUGUGAGAGUAUAACAAUGUUAGUAAUAUCUUGUUGAGCUUUGUAUACCCUUGUUUAUCGCUAUGUCUGUAAUUCUGAGUAUCAAACAUGUAAAA